GGCUCUGGUAAUGGCGGCCGCCUCUAGUUCUUGAUUUGCAGAUAGCUGUUGCAGACAUUCGCAUAAAUCGACGGAAAAAAAUCGAUCCUUUUCUGGUCACUUCGAACGGAUAAACGCAAUCAUGGACAACCACAUGGCACAGAAGACCUGGGAGAUGAGCAACAACGUGGAGACCGUGCAGAGCGUGGACGAUUUGUACAAGUACAACAAAAAACAGCAACAGGACAUCCUCACAGCCAAGCCGUGGGACAAAGACCCUCACUACUUCAAAGACAUGAAGGUGUCCGCGCUGGCCCUGUUGAAGAUGGUGAUGCACGCACGUUCUGGUGGAACGCUGGAGGUCAUGGGCCUCCUCCUUGGAAAAGUGGACGCCAAUACAAUGAUAGUGAUGGACUCGUUUGCGCUGCCUGUCGAAGGAACCGAGACCAGGGUGAAUGCCCAGGCUCAGGCGUACGAGUACAUGGCCGAUUACACGGAGAAUGCCAAGACUGUUGGCCGCUUAGAGAACGUAGUGGGCUGGUACCACUCACACCCAGGAUACGGCUGCUGGCUGUCAGGCAUUGACGUCAGCACACAGAUGCUCAACCAGCAGUUUCAGGAGCCAUUCGUUGCCAUUGUGAUUGACCCUGUGAGGACCAUCUCAGCUGGAAAAGUGAAUUUGGGUGCCUUUAGGACUUAUCCGAAGGGUUACAAGCCCCCAGAUGAGGGUCCGGCAGAGUACCAGACCAUCCCGCUCAACAAGAUUGAAGACUUUGGGGUCCACUGCAAGCAGUACUACUCUCUUGAGGUGUCCUACUUCAAGUCUUCACUUGACCGCCGGCUCCUGGACUCGCUUUGGAACAAGUACUGGGUCAACACGCUCAGUUCGUCCAGUCUACUCACAAAUGCCGACUACACGACAGGCCAAGUGUUUGACCUGUCGGACAAGCUGGAGCAGUCCGAGUCGCAGCUCGGUCGAGGUGGCUUUGUCCUAGGCCUGGACCCACACGAGAAACGAACUGAGGACAAGCUGGCAAAGGCGACGCGAGACAGCUGCAAGACGACCAUCGAGGUCAUCCAUGGCCUCAUGUCCCAAGUGAUCAAGGACAGGCUCUUCAACCAAGUGAACUGCAUCACUCCAGAGCAGCAGUGAAACUCAACCUGUGAGCCCCGCGAGAAAGUUGUGCUGACGUUUUCUCGGCGGCUUGAGCAUUUGAUUUGCUCUGACUGCCUCAGCUCUGUGCAGUGGUGCAUCAGAAAAUCAAUGCAGUGAGUGCACUCCGUACAGUGACUGUUCUGUCGCCUUGACAUUGCCUCAAUAAAUUGCUUCUAUCUGCAAA